GGGCCACUGCAGCCGCACAAGAACCCAGGCUGGAGAACUGGUGAUCCGUCCUUCGCAGUCCUCAUGGCCUGGAUCCCAGCCUCCUCGGGAUCUUUCGUUCAGCCCACGGAGCCCGAGAGGUGGGAGGUGGCCGAGCCCCCAUCCGACCCAGCCAGGGCCACUGAGGGAGGGGCUGAGCUGUCCCGGGGGGCCUUUUCCAGCAACGGCUUGCAGACAUGCCGGGAGUCCCCGCCCUGCCCUCUGGGCCAGAUGACCUCUGGGGUGGCCCCCGUUCCAUCUCCUUCCUGCGUCAGCCAAGCCCCCGGGCUGCUUUCCGACCGGUCCAUCUCAGGCUCCUCCACCUGCUCAUCGCUGGCCAGCUCGUCCCAGGAGUCGGACGACGUCUUCAGUGACGUUGAAGGAAGGACGGGCACUGCGAAGAAACGGGUGCUGAGGAAGACAAAAUCCUGGAAGACCUUUUUCACCAUGGUUCAUUGGUCUUUGCGACGGCGCAGCUCCUGGGUGCAGCUGGCCGGACACGAAGGCAACUUCAAGCCCAGCGAAGGGGGCCAGAUCCUGAAGAAGUUCAGCGCCGUAGAGGAGGCCUGUCUGUCCGAGCUGAUGACGGACGUCCUGCGCCCUUUUGUGCCCGCCUACCAUGGGGUGGCGGAGGUGGGCGGCGAACGCUACAUCCAGAUGGACGACCUUCUCCGCGGACUUCAGCAUCCCAGCAUCAUGGACUGCAAAAUGGGCACCAGAACGUACCUGGAGGAUGAAGCGGGCAAGGGUCCGCCCCGGUCAGUCCCCCGGCGAGACCUCUACCAGAAGAUGGUGAAGAUUGACCCCUGGGCCCCCACCCCGGACGAGCACAGCCAAGGGGCCGUCACCAAGCCCCGUUACAUGCAGUGGAGGGAAAAUUCCAGCUCCAGCACCUCUCUGGGCUUCCGGAUCGAAGGGGUUACGGUGAUUGGGAGCUCGCUGCUCUUCCUCCAUGAUCAGAAAGGCCAUGCCAGCAUCUGGAUGAUCGACUUCGGCAAGACUCUCCCAGCACCAGCCCACGCCAACCUUCGCCAUGAUGUGGCCUGGACCCCCGGAAGCCACGAGGACGGCUACCUGAUCGGCCUGCAGCACUUGACCCACACCAUCCGGGCAACUCUGGCCAGAGCUGAACAGAGUCAGGAGCCUGUGCCGGGGCCCUCGUGAGCCUGUGGCCCCCCCCGGGACACAGCUAAGAGCGGCGGGAAAGGACCCUGCGCAAUCGGGCGGGCAACAUUGCUGGGCAAGGCAGCUGUGCUGCUUGAGGAGGGGGCAGCUGGGAGCCUCCUGGAAGAGCUGCCUGGCCAAACGGCGGAGGGAGCUGGGACCCCUUGCAGAUCUUGCCGAAAAGCAAGCCAUGGCCCUCCAGUGGGUUGCAAACACACCAGAAACACAACGCCAGAAGUUUGCGGCUAAUGAAUGCAACGGCGUUUCUUCUCCAGCCUUCGAAUUCCUUUUCCUGCUCCCUCCAUUCCCACCCCCCAAUUGCUCUCCAAAGGGGUCUCUCAUUCCCUGAAGCCAUCCUCAGGCUCCUCCAUAGUGGGCCUGACAUACACCCCCCCUUUGGAAAGUAAAGCAGCUACAGCAAGGAGGCGAAUAGAAUCAAAACGAAAGGAAGAAUUGUCGCAUCGUAGCUCAAACGUUAACUGAGAUCGCCUGAGUUUAUUUGCGGUGAACCGAAUCGUGGUUUACUCCGCCGGCCCAACUUUGCAGUUUCGUGCAGCUCCCUGGAUGGCUGCACAGGCCGGACUUCUGCCGAAGACGGCGGCUGGGUCGUUAUAUGAGUCAGUGUGUUCAACCAACGCAGGCCGCAGAGUCUGUGCAGCCACACGCAUGCACUCACACCCUGCACAGGUCGGAAACCUGUAGCUUUUGCAGAGACACGGCCUCCUCUUGGCAUGUUGGGUUGAGAUGAAUUAAAACUCAGGCAGGGGUGCCUUUUCCAGGUU